AUCAGCCGGUUUUAAGUCGUCGGGCUUUGGAAAACAGAAAUCAACUCAAGCAUGGGAUCCACCAGAAACCAUGUUUUUCCACACGGUUUGAGCUUAUAAAACAAAACAAAAUAAUCAUCCAAGUCAUACAUUCAAUAAUCAAUGGUAGAAUUAUUAGUAUGAACUAACAAUCAAAGUUCCUUGAUAGCAGCAGCCAGUCCCACCACCAACACCGCCUUAAUCCGCCACGAACAUGGCAUUCUCUCAUCGUCUAAUCCUACUCUUCCUCACUCUCCUUCCUCUCUUCUUCAUCUCCCAUGCAAGGCUAACUCUCGACCGUUCAGACCUGAAAGCUCUCUCCAGUAUUGUCAAAGACUUGGGCAUCAGUGGUCAACGGUUCCCUGCUACCAAUCCUUGUAGCGGUGCUGGUGUUUUCUGUGAGAGAAGGCACACCGACAAUAAUACUUAUGUUCUUAAAGUCACCAGGCUUGUGUUCAAGUCCCAAGGGCUUGAUGGGUUUUUGUCUCCGGCAAUUGGGAAGCUUUCCGAGCUCAAAGAGCUCUCUGUUUCUCACAACAAUAUUGUUGACCAAGUCCCGCCCCAAAUUGUUGACUGUAAAAAACUCGAAAUUCUUGACCUCCGAAACAACCUGUUUUCCGGUGAGGUACCAUCCAAUUUGUCUUCCUUGAUUCAUCUUCGAGUUCUCGAUCUCUCUUCUAAUAAGUUUACUGGGGACUUGAGUUUCUUGAAGUAUUUUCCCAACUUGGAAAGUCUUUCUCUUGCAAACAACCUGUUUUCUGGGAAAAUCCCACCCUCUAUACGUUCAUUUCGAAACCUUCGAUCCUUCGACUUCUCAGGGAACAGUUUUCUUGAAGGUUCAGCUCCAUUAAUGAGCAAAGUUGAUGGAUCAGCAACAUCUCAGUACCCCAAACGGUACAUUUUUACUGAGACAAAUAAAUUAACAAGCAAAAACGGAAGCCCUGCUUCUGCUCCAUCACCGAGUCGAAGCAAAUCUACAGCAGCUGAAGGUCCCGGUCCAUCACCAGCAACUCAUAACAAACACAAAAAUAAGAAAAGGAAGGUAAUGGGAUGGAUUUUAGGAUUCCUUGCUGGAGCUGUAGCUGGGAGCAUAUCUGGAUUUAUCUUCUCCGUGAUGUUUAAGCUCGUCUUGGCGGCAAUAAAAGGAGGGGGAAGAGAUUCUGGUCCAUCUAUAUUCAGUCCAUUGAUUAAGAAAGCUGAGGACUUAGCAUUUUUAGAGAAAGAAGAUGGGUUGGCUUCCUUGGAGAUCAUAGGGAAAGGAGGGUGUGGAGAAGUUUAUAAGGCUGAGUUACCGGGAAGUGAUGGAAAGAUGAUUGCUAUUAAGAAGAUUAUUCAGCCUCCAAAAGAUGCAGCUGAAUUGACUGAUGAAGAUAGUAAGCUUCUGAACAAGAAAAUGCGUCAAAUUAAAUCAGAAAUUACCACAGUGGGUCAAAUUCGACAUAGGAAUCUACUUUCUCUGCUGGCUCAUGUUUCUCGACCCGAUUGUCAUUACCUUGUGUACGAGUUCAUGAAGAACGGAAGCUUGCAAGAUAUGUUACAUCAGGUUUCAGAAGGGACAAGGGAGCUUGAUUGGCCUAUUCGGCAGAAGAUUGCAAUAGGAGUGGCAGCAGGGCUUGAAUAUCUUCACAUGCACCAUAGUCCCCGUAUUAUUCACAGAGAUCUGAAGCCAGGAAAUAUCCUUCUUGAUGAUGACAUGGAAGCUAGAAUUGCAGAUUUUGGGCUUGCAAAGGCCAUGCCUGAUGCUAACACACAUGUAACUACUUCAAAUUUGGCAGGAACAGUGGGAUAUAUAGCACCAGAAUAUCAUCAGACACUCAAGUUCACCGAUAAGUGUGAUAUUUAUAGCUUUGGGGUCAUACUUGCGGUUUUGGUGAUGGGAAAGCUUCCGUCAGAUGAGUUCUUUCAACACACUGAUGAGAUGAGUUUGGUAAAGUGGAUGAGAAACAUCAUGACCUCAGACACUCCCAGUCAAGCAAUUGAUCCUAAACUACUGGGAAAAGGGUAUGAUGAACAAAUGGUCUUGGUCCUGAAGAUUGCUUACUUUUGCACUUUGGAUGAUCCAAAGGAGAGACCUAGCAGUAAGGAUGUUAGGUGCAUGUUGUCCCAAAUCAAGUUCUAAGCUGAAGGUAGUCAUUGUCAGAUAAUGUUCAAAAUAAUGAUGCAAGUCAUGAAGAACCUGUAUUAGUUUUAUGCUUGAUGUUUUUUUUUUCUUGUUUUGCCGCAUAUGAUCCUCGUGUGUAACCAGUCGUUGUAAUGAUUGUAAGAAAUAUAAUCUGGCUUUGGAUUUACUUUA